AUGAACGAGACUCAAACACCACAAACUCCACCCCAUGCCAUGCCCGAUGAGGAAGUGACAUUGCCAGCAGAGUCGUUUCAAGCUACAAAUAUGGACCUCAAUCCCGAUCUCGACGAGGAAGACGACGACGAACAAGAACCUGAAAUAGAACAAGAACAACCCCAAAAUCAACCCCAGCAUCCGUUUGAUCUGUGGACCGUGCCCUUUGACGAAGCGUUGCUGCAAUUGAGCAGCUCCCACCCGCGCGAAGUUCCGCUGUUAUCUAUGGCUCAACAGAGUAAGCUCAUCACCUUUCUAGACGACAGGAUCCUUCAAGUUCAGCGACAAUUCAUCAAAAGUCAAUCUGAGGCGGAAGUUAGUUAUCCGCUCUUGCAGUUGCUGCAGGAUGUGCGUUCAAUUGUCGAUCUUAUCUGGUUUCUGGUGGACUUAAACGGUCCCUUAUUCGGCCAAGAAGAGUACUUAAUCCGUCUUUUGGGCGACUUGGAGGAUUGGAUCGCAUACUAUGAGUUUCCGCUCUUGGACGCGAACAAUCCCGACGUGUUGACGACAUACGAGGCGCUUUUCCAGCUCUUCCAGGCGUUCGACACUCGCAUUUCGUUCUUGAUCGAUGGCUACCAACUGAAGGGAUCCGCCCACGGCUUGAGCGGCACGGAAAUCGUGCGCCUCGGUCCAAUUGCCAACCGCCUCCGAAUGGAAAUCGUAGAGAAAAUGGAAAGGUCCCGCACACACCUUCUUCAGAAGAGAAACGAUGGCCAUGCCUCUUCGGUAUACUAUAUGAACGUAUUGGAGAUCGAAGUGGGCCGUUUGUUGGAGGGGAUCAUGGAGAGAGUCUAA